GCAAAAUAGAAUAUUUUGUGACCUAUUUCUGUUUUCAUGAUAAUCAAUUCAAGCAGCCUACCAUACAAGUUUUUUUGGCUUUUCCAACCAAACAUGCUUAGGGUUCCUCGAGCCUUAGAAGUUGUAUUCUAUUUAGUUUUUUUUUUUUCCUUGAUGAGUUUGAGGUUAUUUUGUGUUCUCCCCACACAUGUUCCUUUAAUAGUCUAACUGGACCUUUUUCGUUGAUUGCAAGCAUUUGAAUGCCUCAUUUUUGAUAAAUGACUAUUGUCAUAUUGGAGAAUUUGCUAACGUCAUUACUAUUAGAUGGUUCUGUUUUCAUUUUGUAACAAAUUCACUGUUUUAAUUUUGAGUUAACAUGGCACCUCUACUCAUGAUUUCUGGGUCCACCACUGGUUAUAACACUCUUUGCAGUUUUCAUCUUCACAAGUGAUCCUGAAUUAGGCAUUUAUGAACCCUUUAUUAGGAUUAAAUCCAUUAGCUUCCUUUCCUGCUUAGAAUGCUUGAGAAGACUGCCAAGAUAGAGAUGGCAGUGAUACUACGACAAUAAGUGGGGUUCAUUAUUGUGCUGCCUUUGUAUGACAUUUGUAUCCUUUAUUUUACUCUUUUUUAUAAGAUGGAAAUUUCAAUGUUUAGCUCAUGUAUUUCACUGCCAAUGCCAUUUUCUGUUUGGAUCCAUAUGUUUGUUGUUUCUCCUUUUCUGUUAGGAGGAGGGAUACACACAUCUUGUUUAAUUCAUUAUAAGUCUAAUCAUAGCUUAAGCAAUAGAUGGACGACAACUAAUGAAAAUUACUAAUGAAAAGUAGGCCUAUUAAUUCAUAUUUCUGCAUCAACUUGUUGUCUCCUAUUCACUUUUACAUGCUUUAAGUUAACCAAUCAAAUGGGUUGUCAUUUUGAGUGUUGCCUAGUUUAUGAACUUUUUGAAGUAUCAUUUCAAUUCUGGAACAUUAUUAACAAGUGGAUGUGAUUUUUUAUAUUAAAAAAUUGUAGAUACAUGAUCAAGAGGAGUGGGAAAAGUAUAGAAAGUGGGCAGCCACGUGUGUAGCUAUGUAUGCUUCAUAUGUUGUCAGCCUUGUCUCAAUUCUUCAUUGUCGUGAUCAUAUAAGGAAGUCAAUUUCAGAACAAGGAGAUUAUGAAAGAUAUGCCCUAAUUAAACGGCUAACGACUUUGGAAGAUGCAGAUUAUCGUAGCCAGUUACGCAUGAGCAAAGAUGCGUUUGCCACACUAGUUAGCAUGCUUAAAAGAACUCAGUUUCUUAGAGACAAUCCUCAAAGUAAAGUAGAAGAACAAGUUGCAAAAUUCCUUCAUAUAAUUGGCCAUACUUUGAGGAACCGUACGAUCAAGUUCUUUUACAGACGAUCAGGUGAGACUGUUAGUCGACAUUUUCAUCAAGUUCUUAAAGCCAUUAUAUCAUUGGGAGAUAUCUUUUUAAAGCAACCUGAUGGAUUCAACUGCCCUCCAGAGAUUAGAAACAAUCCCAAGUAUUGGCCAUAUUUUAAGGAUUGUGUUGGUGCGAUUGAUGGUACACAUUUUCGUGUAAGAGUGCCAAACAAGGAUGCACAAAGAUACCGAGGAUGAAAAUGCUAUCCCACUCAAAAUGCUUUGGCUGCAUGUUAUUUUGAUUUAAAGUUUACAUAUAUCCUUCCGGGAUGGGAAGGAUCUGCUUCAGACUCGAGAAUAUUAGAUAAUGCAUUAACAAGAGAAAUGAAUAAAUUGAUCGUUCCUCAAGGGAAAUAUUACUUAGUAGAUGCAGGAUUUCAACUAAAAACUGGGUUCCUUGCUCCAUAUAGAAGUACUCGUUACCAUUUGAAGGAGUAUAGUGUUCAUCAACCAGAAAAUUCUCGAGAGCUUUUCAACCUUCGUCAUGCAUCUUUGCGAAAUGUAAUUGAAAGAGCCUUUGGUGUCUUAAAGAAAAGGUUUCCAAUUUUAGGAAGUGGGACAGAGCCAU